AAAUAUUUAACUGAUGAUUAUUAUAGUGAAGAAAUUGAAAAAGAAUUAGGCACAAUUAAUACACAAUUAGCAUAUUUAUAUCAACUUCAAGGCCGGAUAACUGAAGUAAUUGACCUUUAUCAAAGCGCAAUUUUGACUUUGUUAUUUUUUGAAAAAUUACUAUUAAAAAAUGAAUUUAGAACAGAUAUAACAGUUUCUGCUAUUGCGUCUAAUAAUUUUGUCACGGCUAAAAAGGAUACUGAACUGUUUGAUUCUGCUCAUAAAUUGAAAGUAGCAAGCACAAAUACGUUAGAUUAUAAAUUGUUUAGAAGUCAGCGUCGCAUAAUCGCGAUGAAUGAAGCAUUAUUAUCAUUGUAUAUACAUAAGCAUACAGCAUUCCAAGAUGUUACUCGUAGACUUUUACAAACUUAUCCUGAAAAUGAUGAUCUUCAUCUCAUUUUAGCAUCAAUAUCUUAUCGUCAAAAAAAUAUUACAAAGGUUAUCCAAGAAUUACAAGAAUUUUUAAAAUUAAAACCGGAUUCUUUAUAUAUUAAUUUUGCAAUUAUGCAACCUCAACUUUUACAAUCCAAUCUUACAAGUGCCUUAGAAAAGUUUUUAUCUUUAAUAAAGGAUGAUGCUGAAAAAUAUAAGCCUUGGGUUAGGGAGAAAGUAUCAGAUCAUUAUGCAGAACAUAGUUUAGAUCAUGCUGAAGUAUAUAAUAUAGAUUAA